AUGUCAUUAUUUAAAGCAAGAGAAUGGUGGUCAUGCAAAGCAGGCACAGAUGAAACAUAUGAUUAUGGAUGCAUAAAAGUUGGAAUAUUUAAUGAAGAUACAAAUAGUAAGAUAGUUGUUGGUAGUCAUUCGGGUGUAUUACGAAUCUACAAUCCUAUACAUCGUGACGAAUUAUCAGAUAAAUCAAUUACAAAUUAUGCCAGUGAUUUAUUGUUAGAAAAAUCAUUAAAUUCAUCUAUUAUUCAAGUUGAAAUUGGAAAAUUUGUUAGUACAUCAACGUUAGAUCAUAUAGCAAUAUUGUUUUCUCAAAAACUGUCGGUAUUUCAAUUAACUGAGCAAUCAGGUGUAACGGAACAUGGUCGUCAAUAUGAAUUGGAACUUAACUAUGAGCAUAAUUUAAAUCGACCAGCAUUUAACAUGUGUAAAGGACAAUUUGGUGGAGGAAAAUCAAAGCGUGAUGAUGCUCGCGAAUAUAUUUGUGUUCAAUCAGUUGAUGGUGUGUUGUUUGUAUUUGAAUUUGAACGAAAUUCCAUGGUAAAAUCGAUACCCGGAUGUUAUCUAGCAGGACCAAUUUGUUAUUUGCCACGAUAUCAAACACUUGCAAUAUCGAGCGAUCAAGGAGAUAAACGAGAUCUCGAAGCAUCUGGUACGACAAGUUCAAGAAGAGUUCUUCCCGAAUGGUCAUUUAAUAUUGGUGAAUCCGCCUUAUCUAUAAAAAUAAGUAAAACAAAAAAUGCUUAUUCCAUAUUGUGUUUGGGUGAAAGAAAUUUAUUUUGUCUAAAUGAUCAUGGUCAAUUAUUAUUUAUGAAGAAAUUUGAAUAUAAUCCAAGUACAUUUAUCACAUACGAGACAGAUCAAAAUAAUGAUGGAAUUCGCUAUAUAAUUGGUACACAUAGUCGUACUUUAUUUAUUAAUCAUGACUCAAAUAUUAAAUGGGCCGCACACGUAGAACAAGUACCUGUUCAAUUAGAAAUUUGUACUAUUCAAGGAAUUCGUGGUAUGAUCUGUUCGUUGAGUGAAUUUGGUGAUGUACAAUGUUAUUAUUUGGGUACUGAUCCUGUUUCAACCACGAUGCCACUAACAUCUUCAAGUCGUAUUGAUGUAAGUGACGCUGAACAAGGAUUAAUGAAAUUACAAAAAGAAAUCAAAUUAGCAAUGAAUGAUCCGUCACUUGUGGUCAAACGAAAAUCUAAUGCGAAAAUGACAAUAAGCGUUGAAAUGCCAAGUGAAAAAAAUUCUUUUUCUAUGGCAGAUGAAAUUCAAUUUCAAGAUUCUGAUCCAGUACCAUCACUCACCGUAAAAGUACAACUGAGAAGUUCCGAAGCAGUUCAAAAUGUUUUAUUAAAUAUUCAUUGUCACACACCAAUAUGUGCAAAACCGAAUGAAAUACGAUUUGGAUCAAUGGGCAUAAGUCCCGUUCAAACCGAAGUUACAUUUUGGAUGAAAGAUGAUCUGACACCCACCUCAUUAGAUGUUACAUUAACAGUAACAUUCAAUACAUCCGAUAAAUUGUCGGAAAAUGGUCAAAAUAAUUUGAUUUCUGGGCGAUAUUUUGGUACAGGUGGUAAUGUAUCCGUAAUGGCAUCAAAAUCUUCUCAAAAAUAUCGUUUUCAAAGUGAUUCAUUAGCUAAUAUAUGGUUAUUUAGUCAAUUUUUAAUUGAACGUCUAUCAUCGACUAAUAGUUCAAUUGAAUUUGAAUAUGGUGAACCACUUCCUUAUUCAGAUUAUUUUGAAAUAAUUGAUAGACAUUAUGAAUUACGUAUUGAAUGUGAAAAAAUAAAUGAAAUGAUUGAUGUUUGUUCAAAACAAUUUCGUGCCAUUCAAAAACGUUUAUUAAAUAAAUUUAAAGAUAAAACACCAACAUUACUUGACAAUCUCGAUGUAUUAUUAGAAAAUACUCAUCAUCAAAUCGUUGCAUUAGCCGACCAUUAUGAACAAAUUCAUCUUGAAUUACAUAAUUGUUCACAUCAAUUAUCGUGUGCAACAAAAUUAAUUAAUUUACUAUUAAAAAUAAGUGUAAAUAUGUCAAAUGAUGAUGAACGAUUAUUAAAUUCUAUUUUAACACCUAUUGUGAAUGAUGAUAAUGAACAAGGUUGGGAAGAAUAUGUUGAUGCUUCAUUAACAUUUGCUCUACGUACAAUGUUAUCUCGUUCAUCAACAAAAGGCGAUUUGAUUCCUGCAUCAUCAGCAACAUUUAAUAAUUCUACAUUAAAUAUCGAUGUUACUAAAUUAAAAAAACGUAUACAAAUGUUUUGUGAUCGUUUAGAAAAAGGAGCAUCAUUAACAUCCAAUUCAUCAUCCGUUACAUUUGAAGAAAAAAAUCAUGAUGAUCAUCAGGUACCAAAGAAAAAGAAUAUAAUAAAUGGAGUAAAACCCGUUGUACAACAUAGAGAUGUUCCAUCAUAUGAUAAUAAUGAUCAAAUGGAAAAUAAACUAUUGCCUAUGAAUGAACAACACAGUGAUUAUGACGAUGAAACGUGA